AUGACCAAGUUUGGUGCGGUCAACCAGCUAUCGUUUUUACCAUUUCUUCUGGCUGAUCCUAUCCUACGAAUAUUGGGAGGACUAUGCGCCGACGGAAGACUUCGUUUCUUGAAAAUUUCUACACAUGAUAAGUAUGCCGUUGUUGAAAGCCCUUCCUUGGUUUAUGAGCUUCUUGAUUACCGAACACCAUCUGGUACCGUCAGUUUUACGUCGUAUGAUUAUUUGGGUCCAGACAAAAUUAUCGGAGGGUUCUCUGACGGUUCUAUGGCCGAGUUCAUUAUUCCCAACUUGAACGAUUCCCUUUACAACACCCCCUCGUACGUGCAAGCCAUAAGCGACACUGCUAUCACCGCCGUCUCCGUCGCUGAGCCUACUCCAGGCAAGUUUUUCGUUUCCGUCAACACCACUGGCAGUUUGGGAUUUGUGUUUGAAUACGGAAAUUUUGUCCAUGGCCGAGUGGAUUCGUCUCCCACCAAUUCCUUUUUAAAGCCUGUUGCCCAUCCAUUCUUGAAGAUCUUUGUCAGUUGCGACAGCACAGACAGCAUCAGUUACAGCUUUGUUCGACAUCCACAAGAGAAGCUGAGUUCAGUCCUCAAGGUUGAUGGAGCUGUCACCGCAUUGCAUACACCUGAGUUUGUGGGCCAUCCACUUGCACUAUGUGGAACAUCGUUCGGUGAGGUCCAUGUAAUCAAUGUUUGUCGAAAAAUACUCAACGGUACAAAGUCCACAAGUAAAACACUUGUGCCGAUGCGUCUAUGGAAACUAUGGAAGGAGGAUGACACUUUAAAGCUAUAUGGAGACUUUGACGUUGUACCUUCUGAGAAAGUCACUCGAAUCGCUGCUACUCCUACAGAUAUCGUGUUCUCGUCUUUGGCAUGGAACGAGACUAUUCUUGGAGGAGCAACUUAUGCCGCUGGUACACUCUCUGGUUUACUAGUAGUGGAAAGAUUGGUUGUGAAAUAG